AUGGCCUUCACCUCCAUGCUCACGCAAUAUUUCCCCCCCGCCCCCCUCUUCACCGAAAAAGACCUCCCCUCCCAAAAAGGCAAAGUCUUCCUCGUCACCGGCGGCAACCAAGGCGUCGGCUACGAGCUCAUCAAAAUGCUCUACCCAACCGACGCCACCAUCUACAUGGGCAGUCGCAGCUCCUCUUCCGCGCACACCGCCAUCGCCGAAAUCACCGCCUGCGAUCCCGCCCGCGCGGAAAAUCUCAUCUUCCUCCCACUCGACCUCAUGGAUUUCCACAGCAUCCGCGCCGCGGCUGAGAUGUUCCUCGCGCGCGAGGAAAAACUCGACGUGCUGUGGAAUAAUGCGGGGAUAGGGGGAUUGCCGCCGGGGACGAAAACGAAACAGGGCAUAGAGGGUCAUAUGGGGGUGAAUGUGGUGGGGACGUAUUAUUUCACGCGCUUGCUGCUGGGUUGUUUGAGGAGGGCGGUGGAAGGGGGGGUGGAAAAUAGUGUGAGGAUUGUGUGGACGACGAGUUGGAUGGCGGAGGGGAAGAGUCCUGAGGGGGGUGUGCGCAUGCAAGAUUUGGAGAGGGGGGGGUGUGGGAAUGAGUAUGUGGAUUAUGCGGUUUCGAGGGCGGCGGGGUGGAUGAUGGGGGUUGAGGCGGGGAAAAGGUGGGGAGGAGAGGGGAUUUUAAGUCUCAUCCAAAACCCGGGCAACCUCCGCACACAAGCCUACCGCACGCAACCCCCCCUCACAAAAUUCUUCAUCAACCUGCUCCCCCACCCCGCCAAACUCGGUGCCUACACUGAGCUCUUCGCCGGACUCAGUCCGCUCACCUCGCAAGACCAAGGCGCGUAUAUAAUUCCCUGGGGACGCAUUCAGCCGCGCCAUCGCCAUCCGCGCGCAGACAUCUACGCGGCCAUGGACGCGGGACGCGGUGCCGAGGUGUGGGAGUGGUGUGAGCGUAUGAUUGGGAGUGGUGCUGGAGGGGAUGUGUGAGGUUUGUGGGUGGAUGUAUGGGGAGAG